AUGCUGACUUUGAAAGGCAUUCGUCAUCCUCGAUAUAUUCGUUCAUCUAUCUAUCUGUCUAUCUAUCUAUCUAUCUAUCUAUCUAUCUAUCUAUAUAUAUAUAUAUAUAUAUAUAUAUGUUUAUUAUUUUUAUUUUAUUUUCGCAUAAAGACAUCAUCACUCUCUUAUCUCACGAGGGAAUCUUAUUUCUCUUCUAUCUGCCUCAGUCUGUUAAAAUCUAUCUAUCUAUCUAUCUAUCUAUCUAUCUAUCUAUCUAUCUACUGCCCAUAUCUAUCUAUCUAUCUAUCUAUCUAUCUAUCUAUCUAUCUAUCUAUCUAUCUAUCUAUCCCAAUAUGUUCGUAUGCUUCAAUAUUUCUUUGUCUGCAUCUAUCUAUCUAUCUAUCUAUCUAUCUAUCUAUCUAUCUAUCUAUCUAUCUAUCUCAACUGUCUAUAUCUAUCUAUCUAUCUAUCUAUCUAUCUAUCUAUCUAUCUAUUUAUCAUGUUUUCUUGCUUGAUAAUCUGUUUUGGUAA